AGAGUGGUCAAAAGAGAUGCGGGAAAAGGGAGCCAGUGGCCUGGGUCCUGGGAAGGGGCAGGCGAGGCUGGGGAAGGUUGCGGGGGAGCAUCAGCCCAUGUGCUGGGGGGUUGGGGGACACACGGAAACAAUGAGGCCUUUGGUGAUUGUGCAAGACCCACUCCCAGCUUCCCAGCGUGUCCCCUCUGCCGGCUGGAUCCGGGUGGCUCUUGGGGGCGGGGCAGGGGGCCCUGAAUGGGCCCCUUGUCUCAGUGCUGGGUGUGGGCCAGGCUCCCCAGGCACAUAGUGCCCUACCAAGGCCUGGCCAGCCUCCAUGGCUUACACCCCCAGCUGGCUGAGGACGGGCCCUGUGGGUGAGCAGGCCCCUCCCUGUCAGCCUUGGCUGGCUCCCAUCCAGUCCCAGGCGGAAGAGGCGGCUAGAGAGACGGACCCCAUCUAGUGGGAAGGGGGAAAAGCAGCAGCCUUGGCUCAGAAGGACCCUCACCCCAAGCUAGAGAGCUAGAGGAAACCCAUGGAGAGCCAGAUACUGGGACAAACCCAGAUUGGACUCCAGCCCUAUAGCUCUCUAGAUUUAUGACUUUGGGCAGUUCUCUGGUUUUUCUGAAUCUCAGCUUCCUCACGGGUAAAGUGGCACCAACAGUAAUACUUGCCUGAAAGGCUGCAGUGAGGGUUCUGUGACAUCAUACAUGAAAAAUGCCCAGCGAGCACCAGGCGCUCCACAAAAGUAGUUUUCCUUCCGCGGAUCUGGAGGAAGGAGGGGCCCAGGGUGCAUGCAGGGCUCAGGGAUUGGCUCCAGGGGUCCUGGAAGGGCCUGGGGUGGGGGCAGUUGGGGUCAGCCAGGUAGCUCUCACAAUGGGCUAGAACUCUCCCUCCCUCUGGGUUCUCAUCCACUUUGAUUCCUCUCCCUGUCUCAGGGAGGGGAGGAAAGCCCUAGGAUGAGUUGUUGGGGGAAGCUUUCCUAUUUCUUCACUGCUCUGCUUGAAGCUCCUGAGAGCUCCCUUAGGUGGUGGCCACUGGCCUACAGCCUGUCUCCCUCCCCCUAACUCUACCAAAUGCUGGUAUUGCCCUCUGCUUGGUGCUUGUGUAUCGGGAGAAAUGGCCAGGGCCAUGAGGUUCUUCCGAUGGAUUUGGCAAAAGAUUACUUUCUGGAUUUUCUUCUGGAAACACAAAGUGAAGCCAAUCGUCUCAGAAUGCCCUGACUCCAAGAAAAGCAUGUUGAAGUUGGAGAAGACCCCCAACGUGGUUGAGACUUUAGAGUUGAUUGAACCCUCCAAAGAGUCUAAGACUUUCAACACGGAUGAGUCCCCGCAGGUGGCUGAUCCCUGUGGCACGUUGGCUAAGACAACAGGUGGAGCUGAGGUGGAGCUGGGUCAUGGGGGCUGGUCCGUGCUGCAGCUGCCCUGGUUGGCCAUCAAGUCUGUCUCCUUGCUUAUGAUCUCGUCCCUGCAGUCUGGCUGGCAAAUGUGCAGUGGGAAGUCAUCUGUGAGUUCUACCUCACUUAGCUCCCAAAUGAGGACCCGGUCCCCUUUGGAGUCACCGGAGCCUGAGAUGCUGUGGCAAGUGUACUUGGUGCUGUGGGCCAUUCGGAAACAACUGCGGCAGCUGGCCCACAGGCAGGAGAGGCGGUGGCGGCGCCACAACCAGGCCCCCACCGGCCCCCACCCUGCCCAGUUCCAUGCCUGAAACAGGAUAUCUGGAGUUCCCUCUAGGGGGGAGCCCCACAUCCUCAGAAAGCCCCCACCUCACUCUUAGGUAAGGUUGAUAGGAGAGGUUAGGGCAGCAAGCCGAGAGUUGUGGAUGAGGAGAAGUUUCAUACUGUUACCUCUCCUUGGAGGCCCAAGACCAAGCCAGGGCCCCCAUACUCCUCUUCAUUCCAUGUAUUCAAUCUGUAAAAAAAAUUACCAAAUUGUUGGAAAAUAAAGAUCAGCUAUUUCAGAGUAAA